GAACGCGGCUCGCUUGUUUCGCGGGUAGACGUUUGCGGUCUCCUUGAAACUUUGAACUAGUUUGGCGCGGGAAACCAUUGACUGAUACAAAUGACAAUGCUCGCCCCGAAGUGGUGGCAUUUUGCCCUCACAUUACUACUCUUCAGUAUUGAAGUGCACACAGCUCCUGUGGCACAGAACUCAGAGACAGGCGAGGCUGACGGUAAAUCGGACGUUCCUGUUGAACAACUGGAAAAGCUAAAACUUGCCGAAACUAGCAAGGAAGUACCCGAGAUGAAAAGUGAGCAUAUGGAGUUCCACAGGCUAGACGCAAUCAAAGAAAACGGCGAGCUGGUUUCGAGGGUGGAACAGCACGCAUCAGCGGAUUCUGCGCCAGGAGAGAAGCCUCAUGUACAUGCCCAAGCUAAAUUGGACGUGCCGUCGGAAGGUGUGCACCGCGUGCUGGUUCAAGACGAUGCCCAGGUCAGCGUAAUGGAUGCGACCACUCCUACUACUACAGUUGCCAACGAGGAACAAACAACAAAGGUAUUUCACGGUGCAGCUCGUUUGGUUCAGCCGGGCGCUGCCACCAACAAUCCUUCAAACCAUUCACCUAACCACUCGGCUGUCCGACGUGCUUUCAACGCUGACAUUACUAAGGAGACCAAAAAUAAUAUGGACCAUUAUUCAUCAUACGCUGGUGUACAAUAUUCACCAUUAGACAUGGCUGAAUAUGUUUUCUGGACAGGCGAUGAGCGCGGCGUAACUACUGCAAUUGAAGAUUUCCUCCAAGAGGGCAUGAUGACAAAAGAAGAGGCGAUUAAUUUCUUACAAGAGAUCAAGUUCAACAUCGACUACCUCCGAGCACACUACUCACAGAGUUUGAGAGCGGCUGAAGAGAGUGCUCAGCAAGAGAAGUUAAGGAACAUGAUCCUAGAGCAGAAUGCUAAGGACUAUCAGUACCACCCAGCCCAGUCGUUCCCGUUCGGCAACAGCGCGGACAUCAUCCGCAGCGUGGCGAGCAAGUCGUGGGACCUCAGCAACAGCCUGCUGCCGCCCGCGCUGCCCGUCUCCAGCGAGCUGCGACCCGAGCCAGUCAAGAGGACCUACGACCCCAUGCUGCAGACUAACAUUAUUAGCACCUCGGACUACGACCGAGAUGGCCCCAUCAUAACUGAAGAAGAGUACGAAGAGAUGAUGGAGAAACUAAGAGCUGCUGACACAUUGUACACAGAGUACACGCUUGAAGAGAUCAUCUAUCAACUUGCUAAGAUGAUGUUCUCACAAUCGCUGUCCCGCGACCCGGCGUCGGCGCGCGCGGCUACGCAGCGCUUCAUGGCCUUUCUCGAACUCGAGGCCGAGCGCGGGCAGCUUUCUCGCACCAUCGAGAAGAAAGUUCUAGACGUAAUGAUCGCAGCUCUAACCGACACCAUUGGUGACCACCCUGAAAUGUUGCAACCACGAGAUGGACUUGGAGUUAGCCCUGCUAAUCGAUUAGUGCGACAAUUCCUGGACACAAGCUCUUCGGAACCGAGCAUGUCGCGCGCUAUCCUCGCGGCAUACAAGGACGAACUCCUUAAAGGACCACCAUUGCACAAACUGGGAUUCCCAGAGCGAAACUAAGUUUAUUGAAAUAGUCUUUAAUUUAGAUACCAGAUGUUUUUUGUGCCAUUUACGUAUUAAUUUAAGAUAAUUCUUAGAUAAAAUGUUACAAAAUAUCUGAUUAAAUUAUGAGAAAAUUAAUUAUCUAAAUCUGCUAUAGUCAAAUAAAUUAUAUUUAAAAUAUUAAUGUGUUUAAUAAUUUUAAUGGUUUAAUAAUAAAGUAAAUCAAAAACAAAAAUAUUUGAUUCAAUAAAUUUAAUUACAUAUACUUAGUUUGAAUUGUUUAAAUAUCGAAAGUCUGCUAUUGACUUAAAAACUAUUAACCAGUACCUUCCUAUUGCAGAACAUGAGAAAACCUUUGAGAUUGUUCAUAUUUAUAUUUAUUUCUUUCAAGCAUUCAUUUUUUUUUCUUAUGAUUUUCUUAUUGGUCGGUAUUUUAUUUCUGUAUUUAACAUACUAUAUUUAUGUAUUGUAGUCUUAGGUACCUGAAAACUAUUAAAAUAGUGCAUAAGAUUCAGUGUUUCUUUUGUAAAUAAUUAAAUAAAACAAAAACUAGACUAUAUUGGUGUCACUUAAUAUGCUAUAUGUGUAGCGAACGAAUAUAGUAGGUACGAUCCAUAAUAUUGUGACCAGUUAUUAAUCGAUGGUAAGAUAUCGCUUCGUUAAGUGUCAAAUAAUCGCAAGUCGCUUUCUAACUUUACCCAUUAAUCAUGUCUAAAAUUCGAAUUUCUAAAUCUCACAAAAUAUAAUAAAUAUGACAUACCUAAUAUCCACUACGGCUACUGGGAGUAUAACCAAAAUAGUGGACUUAUAACGGCGGAAUAUGUCACUUUUCUUAUUCAAUUUUGUCCUGCCGUAAAACUCAAGACAAGCCUAAAAAAAUCAAUUUAAGCAAAAUAUGCUAUUUCCUACCUACUACAAAAAGGAAACGGUACUCAAUUCGACUGUAUGUUUUUUUUUUCUUUUUUAUGUGUGUUACCUUAUAACUUUUUUCUCCGUGAAACGAUUUCGAUGAUUCUUUUGUUAUUUGAAAGCUGGUGCUUCAUUUGUGGUCCCAUAUAAAUUUCAUCAAGGUCUGACCAAUAGUUUUUUUAAUUAUUCUUAAUAAUAAGAAGUCGGUUGUAAGUUCUUAAUUUGAAGUCGGUUGUACAAAAUUUUUAAUUUUUAAUUAUUCGAUAGCCUUCUUUGUUUAAAGUUUCACUGUAAGUUUGUUAAUCACAUCAAUUUUAUUAAAAAAAAUGUGUCUAAAUCAUUUUAUAUCAAAAUAUGUUUGCAUUGUUUUGAUAUGGUAUAAUUAUAUCAAUUUCUGUAUACUUUGCUACUAUCUCAACUGAUGGGAAGUGGUGAUGUAGCCGAUGAUGGUAAAUUGGAAUGGUAUAGCGAAAAUUUAAUUCAUCAUCAAUUCACAUCUAUAUUUAAUAAUAUUGGUGCCCUAGUGAUGAAUUUAAUAAAACUUUAACUGUUAAGAGAUUUACGCCAUACCUCAUAAAAAUCGAGGUCAAUUUAAGAAAUAUUUAAAGUUGCUCUUUACCUCCCUCUCUCUUUCUCUUUCUCUCUCUCUCUCAACUAUAUGUCAUCAGAGAGAGACAGGUAUAGAAAUAAUUUAAAGUUGAUAUAAGUUUUAAGUAAGGAUAAGGCUUUUAUUUCUUACGGUAUGACAAAAUUAAUAAGACAGAGGGUGCAGACCGCAUGGCACUCGUAAGUGCUAUACUGUAAGCUAAAUAUGACAUAACAAUUAAAUUGAUAGUUAGUCAAAUAUUUCUUGAUAUUUUUCUACAAAUCUUGAUGUACUUACUCAUAGCAAUGUGCAAUUUUACUAUUUUAUAAAAAAAAAAUAAACCGCGUCCUCCUUGACAGAUCACUUAAAAUUAAAACUAAUUUGGUUUAUAGAAUGUUAUGCCCGCCAUCAGUAUCUUAAAUAAAGAUUUAAAUAAUUCAUCAAACUUCAACUCCUUGGAAAUAAAUACUUAUAAUACAAAUCGAUACGGCUUACAUAAAAAACACAAAUUAAAUAUGUAUAAUUAUCGCCUCAAAGAAUCUUAAUUUGGCCCAGAAUUACCACUUCAAUCUUGUUGACUAUUUAAUUUUAUAAAACUGUGUAUCAACUGUGUUAAAUAUAUAACUGUGUUAAAAUAAAAUUUCAAGGAAAUAAAAAUAUUAUGACGAAAGAUAUUGGUGCAUACGGGAAACACACUUCACUUCAUCAAUUGCAUAUCAAUGAUAGUAACAUAUCAAUUUUAAAAAUCGAUUACAAAUUUUACAUAGCAUUUAAUAUAAAUAUUUAAUAUUUAUAUCAUCCGCCUAAACAUCAUACUACGUAUUAACGUAGGUACGUCACAAAAGAAAAUAGAAAAUUGCACAUCACUAAAUUUAUCUUUCCAACUUUUAAAUAAAAAUUUCCUGUAUUUUUUAAAUAAAAAAAAAAACAAAAUUUACACUAAUUAUAAUAGAGAUAAUAUACCUCCCUAUUAGAAUCAGAAUAAGACUCGUAUCAUAUAAAUGCAGCAUUGUUGAUUCAAAUGCUACGCUACGUUAUAUUAGUGAUCAGCAAAAUUUAUUAUAUUUGUAUUAUUCUUUGAAAUAUAUUGUGGAUUUAAUAAAAAAAAUGUUAGAUCACC